AACCACACACAGACACACACACACACACAGAAAGAAGAGAGAGAGAGAGACAGAAAACAAGCCCCGCGAGCUUCCAAGGCUCCUCGGAUCUGGAAAGAGAAGUGAGAUUGGAGAAAGUACAGCGAUGCCAAGGAGGAAACAGCAGGCACCCAAACGGGCAGCAGGUUACGUCCAAGAUGAUGAUUUGAAAGAGGAGGAAGACGUAAAAGAGGAGGAAGAGGAUGACGACGAGAGCAACUCGACAGCUCGUCUUCAGGGCAGCAAUGACCCUGGCACAGAUGAAGAACAUGAUGCAGGCCCUGACCCAAAAGGUGGCUUUAGCUACCAGAACUCUCCAGUAAGUCAUAUCUCUAAUCAGGAUGUUGAAAACGAAUCCCUGUUAAGUGAUGCGAGUGACCAGGUGGCGGAUAUUAAAAGCCUUUGUUCUAGAGAGCCGCAAGACCCCAAAGCCAAUGUCCACCCCAAACCUCCCAGCGAAGCACACAGCUGCAUGGAUAAAAUGACAGCGGUAUACGCCAACAUCCUUUCAGAUUCUUACUGGACAGGUCUAGGACUCGGACUCAAGCUGUCCAAUUCGGAUAAGAGGGGAUGCGACAACAGGAACGGGGCAAGCAAAAGUGACUUUGAUUGGCACCAAGACGCACUGACCAAGAGCCUGCAGCAGAGCUUACCAGCACGGCCUGUCUCCAAACCAAACCUUUUCAGCUCAGUCCAGCUCUACAGGCAAAGCAGCAAAAUGUGCGGGACUGUAUUCACCGGCGCCAGUAGGUUUCGGUGCAGGCAAUGUAGUGCUGCCUACGACACCCUGGUGGAGCUGACUGUCCACAUGAACGAAAGUGGUCAUUAUCAAGAUGACAACCAUAAAAAAGACAAGCACAGGCCUGCCAGCUACUCCAAGCCCCGGAAAAGGGCUUUUCAGGACAUGGAUAAGGAAGAUGCCCAGAAAGUCCUGAAAUGCAUGUUCUGCGGCGACUCCUUCGAUUCCCUUCAAGAUCUAAGCGUCCAUAUGAUAAAAACAAAACACUACCAAAAAGUGCCUUUGAAGGAGCCGGUGCCUACCAUUUCUUCCAAAAUGGUAACUCCAGCUAAAAAACGUGUGUUCGACGUCAACAGGCCUUGUUCUCCAGACUCGACCACGGGGUCAUUUGCAGACACCUUUUCUUCCCAGAAGAAUGCAAACCUGCAGCUGUCCUCUAACAACCGCUACGGCUACCAAAACGGAGCCAGCUACACGUGGCAGUUCGAGGCGUGCAAAUCGCAGAUCCUCAAGUGCAUGGAAUGCGGGAGCUCGCACGACACAUUGCAGCAGCUCACCACACACAUGAUGGUGACGGGCCACUUCUUGAAAGUCACAAGCUCAGCCUCCAAGAAAGGAAAGCAGCUUGUUUUGGAUCCGCUGGCUGUGGAGAAGAUGCAGUCGCUUUCCGAAGCGCCGGCUGGCGGCGAUGGUCUGCACGUGAAGCCCUCCAGUAACGCAUCGACGGAUUCUGCAGCUCCUGCUUUGGAGCUGAAGAAAGAAAGGAAGCAAAAUAAAUCAGAGGAAGUGAGCAAAGAUGAGAAAGCGGUGAAGAACGAGGACUACGAAGACACUCUUCAGAAACCGCUGGAUCCUACGAUUAAAUACCAGUAUCUUCGGGAGGAAGACCUGGAAGAUGCUUCCAAAGGUGGUGGAGACAUUUUGAAGUCUUUGGAAAACACAGUCACCACUGCCAUCAAUAAAGCUCAAAACGGAGCGCCCAGCUGGAGUGCAUAUCCUAGCAUCCAUGCAGCUUAUCAGCUUUCAGAAGGAGCAAAGCCUUCCUUACCAGUGGGGUCCCAGGUGUUGCAAGUUAGGCCAACGGUCACGAAUAAGCUGAGGCCUAUUGCUCCAAAAUGGAAAGUAAUGCCUCUGGUUCCUAUCUCAGCUAACAUGGCCCAAUGCACUCAAGUGAAGAAGGAAGGAGACACCAAAAAGGAAGCACAAAAGGACCAUGUUAAAGAGGGCAACAAAGUUGUGGAUGCAGCCCCUGCCUGUCAAAAUGAAGGUCACUCUCCCCCUCAAGUUGAGGUGUGUGUGGAGCCUAAAAAGCCAGAGCCAAGUCCUUUGAAAGAAGAGGACAAGGCAAAAGAAGAGGAGGAGAAAGACAAAACAAAUGCAAAGGAGCCAGCACCAUCAGCUCUUACCAAUGGGUGCACUACUUCUAACCACUCCUCUGAGCUGCCUUGUGUAAACCCUCUGAGCGCUCUGCAGUCUGUGCUGAAUAACCACUUGGGCAAAGCCAACGAGCCUUUGAGACCUCAGUCCAACACCAGCCCCAGUUCAAGUUCAGUCUCUAUGUACCACAAACCUAAUUUAAACAUGAUGGAGAAGCCAGUUCUGUCUCCCACCCCAGUGCCAACGAAACCUGCAACCGUUACAUCCAGGCAUUAUGUGUUCGAAAACACCGACCAGCCAAUAGACCUGACCAAAUCUAAAAGCAAGAAGGGAGAGUCUGUUCAAGCACAAUCUUGCACUUCCCCACCUCAGAAACACGCCCUGUCUGACAUUGCGGACAUGGUCAAAGUUCUCCCCAAAGCUACGACGCCAAAACCUGCUGCCUCGUCCAGAAUACCAUCAAUGAAACUGGAAAUGGAUGUCCGGCGUUUUGAAGAUGUCUCAACAGAAGUCUCCACGUUGCACAAAAGAAAGGGAAGGCAGUCCAACUGGAAUCCUCAACAUCUCCUCAUUUUGCAAGCUCAGUUUGCUUCCAGCCUUUUCCAAACUUCCGAAGGUAAAUAUUUAUUGUCGGACCUGGGUCCUCAAGAACGCAUGCAGAUUUCCAAAUUUACUGGACUGUCCAUGACUACGAUCAGCCAUUGGUUGGCAAAUGUCAAGUACCAACUCAGAAAAACUGGAGGGACAAAGUUUCUGAAAAACAUGGAUAAAGGGCACCCCAUCUUUUAUUGCAGUGACUGUGCAUCUCAGUUUAGAACCCCAUCAACGUACAUCAACCAUUUAGAAUCCCAUCUAGGUUUCCAAAUGAAAGACAUGAACAAGCUGGCUGUGGAGCAGCAAACCAAGGUAGAACAAGAAAUCUCCAGAAUUUCAGUUCAAAGGUCUCCUGAAACAAUAGCUGGAGAAGAGGACACAGACUCUAAGUUCAAAUGUAAGUUGUGCUCUCGGACAUUUGUGAGCAAACACGCAGUAAAACUUCAUCUAAGCAAAACACACAGCAAGUCGCCAGAACACCAUUCACAGUUUGUAGCAGAAGUGGAUGAAGAAUAACUCCUAAGGAGACAACUGACAAUUCAGUGGUAAAUGGAAGAAAGAGGCGAACAGUGCUGAAAAUCUCUAAUGCAUUGACACUAACGUGCCCUCUAUUGUUGAAAAUGAGCAGGCAAUCAUGAAUGUUCAUCAAAUGGCUCCUAAUGCAGUUAAAGUAUUCAGCUAUAAUUUCUCCUUGCAUUUAUAAUUACUGUCAUAGACUGCACACCUCAGUGAGCAGAUUAAAGCUAUAAACUAUUUAGCCAUAGCUUUAAGAUGAGGAACUUGAUUUGUCUGGCAGCAGUUAUUUGUUAGGAGAGCUUGACACUUCACAUAAAAAUGACUCAACCUGAUGAAGAACAAUGCAGCCUGAACAAUGCAGAGGUUUUAAAUCAGUCAUUUAUACCACGCCCUGGAAGGAUUGCAAAGCAAUUUGUUAAAUGAUCUAUAGGACGCGCAGAUAACCGCGUGUGUUAAGUGUACCCAAAUAUAUAUAAUU